GGCAACGACGCGACGCCGGCGUCGCGAGGCAAAACGGCGCAGAAUCAAACUCCAGGAAUGACCAGACCAGUCACGAAAGUUUCUUCGGUCUUGCGUCCGCUCUGCAUCACUGAAGGCUUUCGCUCCUCGCCUCCAGCUUUGCGACGACCAGAAUGAAGAGUACAGGCGGCAAAUAAUGAUGCAGCUGCACUUCAUACACUACACGCAACUCGUUGUUUUCGUUUUAUUAAUCGACGCUAAUUCGUUGCGAGGAUGCGACCUUAGGAUCUCACAGCAUUUCGAUCAGCCGCAAGAUAAGAUGAAGUCCAACCUUCAGAGUGACUUACUAUUUUAUUUGUGUCUUGUGUCACUCCCAAAAUCGCUUGACUGCACAAGUUUGUUCAAUGCGGAUGCUAAGAAAAACUACUCCAUACGCCCCAGAGUCGUUCUACCUGAGCAUUAUGUGAAAGAAAUUAGACCACCGUCGAAAAAAGGGACCCCGGUAAUCGUGGACUUUAACGUUCACGUUGUCGACAUAAAUUCCAUCAACGUCGAGGACAUGGACUUCCGGGUCGACAUGUUCGUUCGCCAAAGCUGGACGGAAUCGCGACUUCACAUGCCCGACGACAUCUUCGAGGAAGGUGACGACUACGUCACCCUGCCCCCAGAGUUUUUCGACAACCUCUGGCAGCCGGAUCCGUACUUCUUGAACUCAAAAGUUGCCGAAAUUGCAACACUGACGCAUAAGUUCUCUUCCGUAACGCUGUACAGGAACAAGACGGUUAUUUACGCGGCUCGAAUGCACGCGAUCAUAGCUUGCCAGAUGGAAUUUCAGCUGUACCCAAUGGACAUUCAAGUUUGCCCAAUCCACAUCGAGAGUUUUUCCUACAAUAACCAGAAACUGCGUCUACGAUGGGGUGAGGGUGGAGUCACGGUGAAUCCCGAGCUGAAACUGCUUCAGUACAACAUCGGCAAGCCGUUGCAGCUCGAAGAGUCGACUGGAUACAUGCUGGAGAAAAAUGGCAAUUUUUCGCGACUGGUAGUUUACUUCCGGUUCGAAAGGCAGAUCGGGCAUCACUUGAUCCAGACUUUCGCACCUUCGACUCUGGUUGUGAUGCUUUCGUGGUUCAGCUUCUGGCUCGGACUGGACGCGAUUCCUGGCCGGGUAGCUCUGCUCGUUACGAGCAUGCUGACCCUCGUCACGAUGUUCACAGGUCUCAAGAGCGAUAUACCGCCUGUUGCCUACGUCAAGGCGCUGGAUCUCUGGAUGGCUGGUUGCAUGGUAUUCGUGUUCGCCGCCCUGGGAGAAUUCGUGGUCGUCAAGGUCCUCGAUCUCCGUUAUCAAGUUGAGAUCGAUACCCAGGCGUCGAAUCUUCCUCGUGUACUGCCGACGAAAGUAGGAGCGAUGGAGAAAACACCUUACAUGACUGCCUGGGACUGCGAAACAGCGUACGCUCCACAGCCGAGACAAAAACGCGCAGGUAGUCGGCGUCUUUUGCAGACAUCAUGGAUUGACCACGAGCUGGGUGUUGCCUUUGGCAAAACACAGUGGAACCAUAUCGAUCGUAAAAGUCGCAUUGUUUUCCCGGCCCUAUUUCUCCUCUUUGUCGUGCUCUACUGGCCAAUUCUUCUUCUAAAAAAAGCCUCUUAAUAUGUUGGCGCUUUUCGAAUUUAGGUCGCACUUAUUUAUUUAUUCAUUUCUUUACCAUGUUUCACUUUUCUUAUUGUUGUUUCUUCAUUCAAGACGGCGAAAGAUUCAUUUCUGCGACUUAUGAAUUCACAAAUUUAUACGAACAUGUAUCGAUAAGACGCGUUUUGGGGUCCAGUCUAUACGCGUACCGUUCACUUAUACUGGAAAAUUUUAUUAGCUGUAGUAGUUUUGUGUGUUAUAGCUUCGUACCUAAAUACGGAUAGAAUUCGUUGCUAAACAUUCAAUGCCGGCGCAAUUAAUAUUUACGUCUUCACUAAAGUCUUCCCUCGUCAAUCUGAUCCGAGCUCUGAGCGAGGU